AUGGCACCUGCACCUCGUCCUCGAGUUUCGUCGCCGCAACUGCCAGUGGUGAGACCAAAGCGGGGAGAUGAUUCUCUCAGCCGACGUUUUCUGAGAAGUCCUUCCAAGGCCAGUAAAGCACGCAAUGUUCUUCUCUCGUUUGGCGAGCUGCCAGAAUGGCAGCAAGAUAACAGGUACAUUAUUCAUGGCUAUCGCCCGAUCUCAGGCUCGGCUCGGGUUUCAUUCCGCAGUUGGUCAUAUGUUCACAAUGAGUCGGUCAACAUAUAUUCUCACUUAAUACCCGCAGCCAUCUUUCUGCUCGGGGAGUGGUAUAUUCAAAAGUAUCUGGCAAGUAGAUACUCCAACAUGACGGGGGUUGAUUUGUUCAUAUUCGCCUUCUUCCUCUUGACUGCCGUGAUCUGCCUAGGGCUAUCAACGACAUAUCACACCUUGAUGAAUCACUCCCACGAAGUUGAGCAGUUAUGGCUGCGACUUGACCUGAUAGGCAUCGUAGUCUUGACAUUAGGCGAUUUUGUAUCGGGAAUAUAUAUGGUCUUCUGGUGCGAACCCUUGCAGCGUAAGAUCUACUGGUCUAUGAUUGGGACUCUAGGUCUGCUGACUAUACUGAUAAUGAUAAAUCCUAAAUUUCAGGGCCAAAAGUUUCGCGCUUUUCGGACCCUAACAUUCGUGACAACUGGCUUGUCUGGGUUUGCACCGUUGAUACAUGGAAUCAAGAUGUUUGGCGUCUCGCAAAUGAUGAAACAGUCUGGAAUGCCCUAUUAUCUUGUUGAAGGAGUCUUUCUUCUGAUGGGGGCGUUGAUAUAUGCGACCAAGUUCCCUGAGAGUCGAUAUCCAGGGAUAUUCGACAUAUAUGGCUCCUCCCAUCAAAUCUUUCACAUAUUGGUGGUCUUUGCUGCUGUGACACAAUUGAUUGGAAUAUUGAAGGCCUUUGACUAUAAUCAUCUCAAUCGAACAUGCUCUUAG